UUUGUGAAACCAACAUUCCCGACACUUAUGCAGCUAACCUUGAUACCUUCCACUUUCGAUCCGAUUUUGAAUCUGAAGUACUUAACGACUCCCUUUGAGUUAGUCCUAGGUAGUACUUCACUCCCCCAAACGUCAAUAAUUCAGGGAAUCGGCUGGGGAUCUAUUUCAGCCCCUCAACCUUCCCUACUUUUAUUAAUUUCUAAUUAACUGUUUACUGCGCCAGAGAAGUACGGUGCCGCAGAAGCGGUGUAUAUGAUCAUGGAUUCAAACAACGAUGUUGAGCUUCAAAUAAGGUCCCCUCACAGUAUGCCAACGCGCGCAUUGAUUCGAAAGCCAGGAAGCCCUCAUUCCAAUGACGAUGAGGUCCUAAUCCGACUAGGAAAACGCCCAAUAUUAAAUCGCAGCUUUGGUUUCAUGUCAAUCCUCGGGCUGUCCUGCUCAGCACUGUGCUCUUGGGAAGGAAUACUGGUGACAUCUGUCCCAAGUUUCCUGACUGGAGGAUCAGCUGCAGUGUUGUGGUCAUUCGUGGUCGCCUGGGUAGGAAUCGCCUCGGUAUAUACAGUCAUGGCCGAACUAUCAUCAAUGGCUCCCACAGCAGGCGGUCAAUAUCACUGGGUAGCAAUGAUGGCACCGGAGUCCUGCUCGAAUUUCUUGACAUAUCUAACUGCCUGGAUGACGACCCUAGCUUGGCAAGCAAUGGCGAUAACGACUACCUAUCUCAUUACGACAACUCUCCAGGGAAUUAUCGUACUAGCACGGCCGAGUUAUAUACCGCUCCCAUGGCACACAUUGCUCAUUAUGUGGGCGUCUAUUAUGCUUGUUGUGCUGAUAAACUCCACAACUGGCCGCUUCCUAGCAAGAUUUGAAGGUUUGAUACUUAUUCUGCAUUUGGCGGGAUUUUUCGGGAUAUUGGUGCCUUUGGUUUAUUUUUCGCCGCACAAUGAUCCUUCUUUCGUAUUCACCAACUUUUUUGACAACGGGGGUUGGGGGUCUCAGGGGUUGACCUUUUUCGUGGGACUUCCGUCAAUCGCUAGCACGUUGAUAGGUGCCGAUUGUGCUGUGCACAUGUCCGAGGAAAUCCAGUCCGCCUCUACCGUGGUUCCACAGGCGAUGCUUUAUACCAUUUUUAUAAACGGCGCCCUAGCAUCUGCCAUGGCAAUUGCUCUGAUGUUUUGCCUCACCGAUAUCGACGCCGCAGUAGCAGCAGUGGACAAAAUGUUUUACCCUUUCCUGGAAGUAUUUCAGUCUGGGGUUAACUCUACUAUCGGGGCAGUUCUAAUGGCCUCUGUCGUCCUCAUACUAGCAACUGCAAGUAGUGUAGGAGUAUAUGCCUCGGCAUCGAGGAUGAUAUGGUCGUUUGCGAGAGACUACGGGUUACCGUUCUCUCACCAUCUUGCAAAACUCACGAGGAGGUCUUCGCUUCCAGUCUACGCCGUGUUCUUUACAAUGGGAGUUGCGAGCCUCAUCUCGCUAAUUGUGCUCGGGUCAACUGUCGCUCUCUCGGCUCUUUUGUCCCUAGUUGUGGCAGCUCUAUACUCAUCUUACCUGCUGGUGUGCCUACUAUUCUUAUGGCGACGAUGCACUGGUGCGUUCAGGCAUGCGGAAGACGUAAGUAAUCAUCGAAGAGGGUUAGUAUGGGGGCCAUGGAAGCUUCCUGGGCCCCUUGGUGUCCUCAAUAACAUCUUCGCUUGUCUAUACUGUGCAGUCUUGCUCUUUUGGUCAUUUUGGCCCCAGGCUAUUUCACCGACUCCGGAGAAUUUCAAUUGGAGUAUCCUCAUAUUCGGCGCCGUAGUUUUGUUCAGUGUCAUCUGGUAUGUUGUAAGAGCUCGACAUCAUUUUAAGGGGCCUAUCAAGGAAAUUUAAUUCUUUCCUGAUACAUAUUGGAAAUGAAUUGGCGAUGAAUCUUGUAUAAGUAAAUAUGUUUAUGGCUUAAAGAUUACCCAGUGUUUAAGUUUAUCUUACAUAUAAUACCUAGGUGCAUUAGGUUAUUACUCUAUAUAAUAAAGAAAGGUGCUAUAAA